CAGGAACGAGAUGGGACUUUGGCCUUGCUACAUUCUUCAAAUGUUCUCAUUGAUGAAACAUGUGAUCUCAAUACAGUUUUGUUUCCAAAAUUCAAAUCUGUUACGAGCAGAGUGGACCGUUUUGUCGACUUUACUCGGUCAAAGUUUCCAAAAAGUGCUAGAUUCCAAUCUCGCUAGAUCCUGCUUGGCUCUGCCCCUCUCCUUGCUUGUUCUGUCCACUAUUACUCAUUUGUUCACAUUGGAAACGACAGGCCGUGGUCUAUCUUGAGUUAGUUAUGAACAUCAUUUAGCUGCUAGAUAUGCAGGUAAAUAGAAUAGUUAAGAAGCUGAAGAAUUUUCCUGCGUGUAACGUUACACAAAAUAUUCUUAAAUCAUAGCUACCUCUAAUUUCUUCGAGUCGAGUUAAAAUGCAUAUUGAAUGUUGUAACGUUGACUGUCACUGUGUAAAAUAAUACCAUUCGUUUGGGCUGGCUAGCACAUCAUUUUCUGACAGAGAAGGUACAGGGGUGCAAUCAUUAGUACACAGUUUCGUUUUGCAACAGAAACUAGUUUAUUUUCGACAAAUUCAGGUAUGUCCCUCCCCGAUUCGUUCAGUUCAAGAAACGUUUUGCAACAGAAUCGUCGUAAUGAAUACGCCCCAGUUGUUUCGCUAUCAUUGAAUCUUGUGGAAGAUAUCUGAACGUACCAUUUAGAUGAUUACGUACACGCAAGGGGUGGGGACUUUUACGUUCGAACUGCGCCGCGCGAGUGUUGUGCGUGCUAGCUAGGCGUAAACAGGAUUUCAUAGUUAUUCGAACUGCAAUGAAUAAUAUACGUAUUAAUGUAACAAAUACUCAAUACCUUUAAGGGUGGUCUUCAAAAAUGCCUAUUCGUGCCUACUGUACCAUCUGUUCCGAUUUCUUCGAUCACUCCAGAGAUGUGGCUGCCAUACACUGUGGGCACACCUUCCACUAUGAAUGUCUUCUUCAGUGGUUUCAGACUGCCCCCAACAAGACAUGUCCACAAUGUAGAAAACAGGUUAGCACCAGACACAUUAUCAACAAGUUGUUCUUUGACAUUGGUGGUGAAGGAGAGGGAUCCUCUGCGGAUCCAGAGUGUUUGCAGAACGAGCUCGAUAGAAUGAAAGCUGUUUUAAGUACCAAAGAGAGAGACUGGAGGGACAGACUGAAGAUGGUAGAGGGCUUGAAGGAGACUGUUGACAGGCAGAAGAAAGACCUGGACAUUGUUAGGAAGGAGAUUGGCGAGAAAGAUAUGCUCUGCUCAGUUCUCAGGAAACAGAUGAAAUACCUGGAGAACCAGCAGAGUGAGACUCAGGCUGCUAAGGAGGAGGCCCGACGACUCAGGACCAAAAUGAAAACAUAUGAGAGUCUGGAUGUGGUGUUACAGGGUCAGAGGGCUGAGGUGGAAUCCAUGAUCAGUGACAUGGGUGUUGGCCAGGCUGCCAUGGAGGAGCUCUCCAUCUACUGCAUCUCUCUCAAGAAAGAGUAUGAGAACCUAAAAGGGAGCCUCAGAUAUUCAAAUGAAAUGUCUGAAAAGCUCAAAAGGGAGGUGUUUGCUUCAAACAACAAGUUGCAGAAAGCCACAAUGGAGAUGAACAGGACCAAUGAUGACAUGAAAGCUGUCCAAAAUGACUUGACCAACGCAGACAAAGAGAUCACUAGUCUGAAGAAAAAAGUUGAGAUUCUUCAAAAGACCCUGAGCACACCAACCCGCACUAACGAAGCAUUGAGCAGACUAGUCUUUGAGAGCCCUGCCCCAGUGCAGCUGCAACAGCCCCGUCUCCACCAGCCUGCCAACAGUGAGGACAUUGACCUUAACAUGACAUUUGACAUCACCACACCUGACCUGGUGGAUAAGAGGGCGUCACAGGUCCCAUCCAAAAAGAUGCGUCUGGAUCCAGCCACGUUGUCGUCCUCGCCAACCAAACACAGUGACAGCGCCUCGUUUGGAAGCAAGGCCAGAGAGGAGGAGGUGCCAAUGGGUACAUUCUUCCGUAACUCCAUUCUGUUCAGGAAGAAGACCUUUGGCAGCAUGCUGGACCCCCAGAGGAGUAAACUGGGAGCUAUCAGAAGUGGUUAUGAUGGACUUGGAGGGAGAACCAAAUUCUUCCAACCUUCUCCUUUGUCAGAUAUUCGCCCGCUCAUGAUGAAGGCAAAGAGAAAAAAGGUUUCCCGACCAGCUCCUCCCAAGAUCUCCACCUGUCUUACUCUGGACAGUUAUCUGGAGUGACCUAUGACCGGUCCAGUAAAAGGACUAUGAUCUACUUUGGUUUUCACUUCUUACUUGAGGGCUUGCUCCAGGCUUUGGGCAUGAAUGGGCACAGCAGAUGGUUUGGUGUAGAAUAUUUGUUUUGGUGUAUUGAGACUUCUUUUGUUUCAUCAUGAAAUUGUGUAGUAAUCUUGUUUUGAGGUGUUUUAGUUUCAUCUAAUUGUAAUUAAGUGUGCGGUACAGAGUUAUUCUAGGAACUUUCCUGUAUUAUGAGCAUCUGUGAAAUGUCAGCCAUUUGACUGUUGCACAUUACAAAAAAAAUCUCUUUCGCACUUGAACAUUUAUUGUUUUACUAACACUGUCUGAAUAUUGUAAUACAGCACUGUAUUGAAUAUUUGUUUCCCACUUCCCCAGAACAUCAUCCUCUUGUCUUUUAGUGCUAUUUAUUUUAGAUACAUACAUACAUACUUUUACUUGUGAUUAUUGUGUAAGAUCUCUUAUGUUUGUGAAAUAAUAAACUAUAGUUUCCUUAA